AUGUAUAGCACGACUACCCCGCGGGAGGUGACAGUGGUGGAUGGUGUUCAACUAAUAAUAGCCUCCCCUCCAGCGCGCGAGCAUCGGAACGCUGACGGGAGCGCGCACAUGUGGCGCCCGUCGGCGUCGUAUUCUGCGUGCACGUUUAUUUUCGUUACGGUCGUCACGCGGCGCGGUUUACAGUGUUCCUUACAUAAGAGCCUUCGGCGAGUCAGCGAUCGGGACUCUGCGGCCGGUUGUGCAUUUCGUGUUGCCUCAAGCUGCAGGUCGCUGCACGUU